CUGGAUCUUUCAAUCAUAAUCAGCGACAAGUCUAUUAUCGGGCUAUAUUACAUACUAUAUCUCCCAUUCCUCUCGCAACAUAUGCAGAACAACGAGCCCGAAUUCGAUCUCGUAGCUGCUCUCGCUACACUGUCAGAAACAGUUAAAAAGUGCUCUAAUCUAGAGAAAGGUCGAUUAUACCACAAGUUAUCAGUUCAAGUGUUCCGUCAAUGUCAAAGAUAUUCUGCUGAGGCUAGACUGGAUACAAGGAAGGAUAUUGAGAAGAUAAAAACUAAACAUCAUUGCGCUUGAUCUCGAGCGAGAGAAUAAUAGAUCGAGCAAGUGGGACCCCCGAAAGAUAAUAAAAAUGUACUAUCAAAAUCGUGGCUUUGCUGAAGAAUGUCUUGCUGUCUUGAAUUUUGCGAAAAUCACUUCAGAUGAGAUAAUGAUGAUGAGAGUGCAAAGCACUGAAGAUCGCGAAUCACAGAUCAGUAUAACAACGAGCUUCUUCACCGCUAUAGAUAUUAUUACUCAGAGCGAUGCAGAUUUAGAUGAGAAUGAUGGCGAUGGCGAUGGCGAUGGGGCUGAUAUGGGAUCACGACCAGCUGAUGGAAAUCAGACCGAUGAACAAAUCCUAGGACAAGUCCAAGAUUUUGCUCAGGUCUUACAGUCGAUACCCAUGCGUCAACUUGGAACAUCCGACGUCACUGUAAACCAGACUAUCAUUUUCCAAAGCAUUGUAAAUCGGGGUUCCGGGACCACUACGAAUCCCACGAUCAAUGUGGGUGGAUCAAAUACUAGGGGCAGUCGACAUACGACGACCGCUUCCCAACUAUCUACAUAAAAUGUAUAUCAAAGCCUGAAACCGUUAACGACCAAAGACGGCAUCUUGUAGCAGUGGACUGAAUGGACACGGAGUGCGGCAUCAAAUUCACCGCCACGGUAUAAUUCUGUCAAAUACGAAACACUCAGACUACGCCCGAUGGCCCACUGUAGUAUCAACGAGAUGGAAGAUUAACAGAUUGGUAUAGCCCGGCCAUUGAAGCCACGUUUCUUGUCAAUGUAUUGAGGAUGUCGUUGGAUAUAUUUCAGGAUGGAAUAGUAAAGACAAAGAACACCGAUCGGCCAUACGUACGUUACUGAAUGCAUUGCAGACCCUGAUGAAUAAGCCUUUCCUUGAAUGUCUCACUACAAGCAACAGGCGAGGGCAGUCGACUACUUCACUAUAUGUGUCGAAGAGUGGACUGUCAAACAGUUGACACAAUAGCAUGACCAGAAUUGCCUGGUCUUUAUCAUCCAGUACCUGGAACACACCGUGAAUCGGUCCGACACGGUACAUACAAUUAAUUACCUUAUAUUCGAGUUCUGCUCAAGUCUCCUCUUCCUUCUGUCGGCGUCAGCGUCUGCAUCGUCUCCUAAAAGGGCUGUUAAACAAGAUCAUUAAGACCCUUACUGUACUAUGUACU